AUUUUACUAGGCUAUUGAUUUAUACUAUGAAGACUAGUCUUCAUAAUUUAUACAUACAUCAAAGUCAAACUACUGUCACGCCAAUGGUUUAUUAUUGCAUAAUUAAAAAGUAAAAAUGCUUCUCAAUAAUGCUCCACGGAUUCAGCUUCCUAAAACCGCUACUUACAACAAUUUUCUUGGACCUAACACAUUUGAGUGUACAGUUGAUCCACCAGUUUACCCCCAUAAAGUACCUUUUUUGACAUCAACGUCUGCUGAACCCGUAUAUUUCAACCCAAAUUAUUGUGAAAGUCUCAUCUAUGGAGUUAAAGAUGACAUGAAAGAUAGGAGAAUGGGCACUUCGCCCAGCAAUAAAGCUCCUAGGGUAUUACACGACAUUUCUCCAGGUGCUCCAGUGACCAAGUACACAGCGAAAGAACCAUCAUGUCCAGGAGCAUUUGAUAACAAAGAUGAAAAGAAACUUAGAAAAUUCUAUGUAUGUAGAACCCCUUACAGCACCUUAGGGCAAGGACCAUCUGUACCAUCAGAACGUCACAAACUUGGGUACUACAUUAAUGAAUUUGGCAGAAUUAUACAAGUGCCAUCUGAAUGUAAGGAUAGAACAGGAGGACCUGCCAAAUAUGGAUCUAACAUGAAAAAAACUGCGUACGAUCAAAAGUACAAAGGCAUUCAAUUUAAAACAUCGCCAAGAGAACCACGCGUCAAUCUUCUUCCAGGACCUGCCGAUUAUAACAGGGGCGACUUGGACUUUCAUAGAGAUCCUAGGGGCGAUGAAAUUAGGGAAACGGCAAGAUUUAUGACAUUUCUACCGAGAUACAUUGAUAAAUUACAGAUAGAUCUAAUAAGAGAUGGACCACCCGGUCCAGCUGAUUUUGAAACCAGCAAACCUCUUUGCAAACGCAGUCCCGCUAUGGUCGAGCUACCAUUUGUAACAGGCGUCGAUAGGUUUCCAGUGCCCUAUGAUAGACCAGGUCCGACUGAUUACACUAUCGUAGAACAAUCGUAUCCCAUCAGCAAACUGAAUGUUCCCUUUUCCAAUUUGGCCGAAAGAUUUCCUCCGAAAAAACCUGUUGGUCUUAGCGGUCCUUCGGAUUAUCAAAUUCCUAGUCCCAUAAACGAGAAAGUGAUAAAGGCACUCCAAGAAGCUCACAAUCAUCCGCCUUUUGGCCAAUCGGCGAAAAGGAUCCUAACGAAAGGGUUAAUGAACCCGGGACCCGCCGAUUAUAACGCGUAUUCCAAAGAUAAGACCAAGAAGAAGCAGACCUGGGUUUUUCGUUCCAAAACGCAAAGGUGGCCUUAUCAAGGUGGUAAGAAAUAUGAUUACCUAAAUCUCACUGAGGCAUACGAGUGUCUUCUAAACAAGAAACCCAGCAGCGAAGGAAAUGUGCCAUUUUUAACUGGCGGUAAAAGAAAAGGAUUUUUCGAUAUUCUUCCUACCCCACCUUCAACGAAAUACUGCUACAAGCCUCCUUUACCCUGCAAAGGAUAUUACUUGCCAAAUGCGGAGCGAUUUCCUGAGGAUAAGAAUAAUUAUCCAGGACCUGGAGCUUACCUGAUGCAUCCAGUGUACACAUCUAGCAUGUACGGUGCUUACAACAGCUUCAAUCUAAAGCUGAAAGAACGGGCAGUCAAAAUGGCGUUCCGUGUCCAUCCCAAAGAGACUUGGGCACUCUGGGCGAAAGAAACGAGAAAGAAGAGAAAACUGAAAUGGUUCUACAAGGAUGGAAAAGAAUAUGUACAUUGUGUCAAAGAUAUGAAACCAUAUUGGACAAAAUAAAAUUUUUUUUAGAAUGC